UUUACUCGCUCCAAGGAGAGCUUCCCUCUUCCAUGAGGCUUGAGGCUGCAGCAGCCAGGAUGGAUCUGUUCAGGAAGCUGUGGAAGGCCAGGAAGCUGAUCGUUGUGGUGUUCAUCCCUCUGUUUCUGCUUCCAUUACCACUCAUCCACCCCACCAGCGAGGCAUGCUGUGCGUACGUGUUGAUGGUGACAGCCGUCUACUGGGUGUCUGAGGCCGUUCCUCUGGGUGCUGCUGCUCUGGUACCCGCCUUCCUCUACCCGCUCUUUGGGGUACUCAAGUCCAGCGAGGUGGCAGCGGAGUACUGUAAAGACACCACUCUGCUGCUGAUGGGAGUCAUCUGCUUGGCGGCCUCGAUAGAGAAGUGGAACCUGCACAAACGCAUCGCCCUGCGCAUGGUGAUGAUCGCGGGUGCUAAGCCUGGCAUGUUGGUGCUGGGCUUCAUGUGCUGCACGGUGUUUCUGUCCAUGUGGCUCAGCAACACGUCCACCACGGCCAUGGUGAUGCCCAUAGCCGAGGCCGUCCUGCAGCAGCUGAUAUGCACGGGCCUGGCCGACGGCCACGCCGACUCCGAGACCGUCGAGGCCCCCGAGGACGACAACGCUGUUUCAGAAAAAGAAGAGAACCUGGACAAAAACCAGCUGGAGCUUCUCUAUCGCAACAACAGCAGCAACUGCGCUAAACGGGAGCUCUCUAUACUAAGCGAGGUGCAGCCUGGGGAGGUGAACGGUUUGGCUCUAAAGACAGUCACCACUCAGGAGUACGUCAGGCACACCAACGGACAGCUGCUGCCACAGGUUGCGAUCGAAAUCCCAAACGUGAAGCGGGUGAGGGCCAGGAGAGACUCCCAGUAUCCCACCAAGAGGGACCACAUGAUCUGUAAAUGCCUGUCGCUCAGCAUCACCUACGCCGCGACCAUCGGCGGCCUCAUCACCAUCACCGGCACGUCCACCAACCUCAUCUUCGCUGAGCAGUUUAACACUCGUUAUCCGGAUGCUAAGGUGAUAAACUUCGGCACGUGGUUCAUCUUCAGCUUCCCCAUCGCCAUCAUCAUGCUGGUCCUCACCUGGCUGUGGCUGCACGUCCUCUUCCUCGGCUGCAACUUCAGGGAAACAUGCUCGUUGAGUAAGAAGCGCAAAACCAGGAGAGAGAUGAUGUCAGAGAGGAGGAUCCAAGAGGAGUACGCCAAACUGGGACCCAUCAGCUACCCAGAGGUGGUGACCGCUGUUUUCUUCGUCCUGAUGACUCUGCUGUGGUUCACCAGGGAGCCCGGUUUCGUGCCCGGCUGGACGUCUCUUUUUGAGAAGAAAGGCUACAGGACCGAUGCGACCGUGUCUGUCCUUCUGGGCUUCCUGCUCUUCCUCAUCCCUGCCAGGCGACCCUUCUCCUCCUCCAGCUGUAGGAACGCAGAGUCCGACCCGCUGGCUCCCAUGAUCACCUGGAAGGACUUCCAGAGACUGAUGCCAUGGGAGAUCGUCAUCCUGGUGGGAGGAGGCUAUGCACUGGCUGCUGGUUGCAAGGUGUCAGGCCUGUCGGUGUGGAUCGGCAGACAGCUGGAGCCCAUGAGUGGUCUUCCUCCGUGGGCCGUCACCCUGCUGGCCUGCCUGCUGGUGUCAGCGGUCACAGAGUUCGCCUCCAACCCGGCAACCCUCACCGUCUUCCUGCCCAUCCUGUCAGCGCUGUCGGAGACUCUGCGCAUCAACCCGCUCCACACUCUGAUCCCGUCCACCAUGUGCGUGUCAUUCGGGGUCAUGCUUCCAGUGGGGAACCCCCCCAACGCCAUCGUCUUCAGUUACGGCCACGUGAAGAUCAGCGACAUGGUGAAAGCCGGCUUCGGGGUGAACCUGAUCGGCGUGGCGGUGGUGAUGUUGGCCAUCAGCACGUGGGGGGUUCCCCUCUUCAACCUGAAUGAGUUCCCAGUCUGGGCGGUGACCAGGAACGUCACCGGGAGCUUAUAACCCCCCGUUGGGGUGGGGGGACGAAUCACUGAAAGACAGAAAGAGAUGGGGCAGUGUUUCUGAAAAAGAAAGACAAUAAGAAAAUGACGUCAAGAGGACGGUCUUGCUCAGAGUUCAGCCCUUUCUGAGACGGAUUAAACUGGACCUGGAAGAGGAGAAGAAGAAGAGGAGAGCAGAAAACCAUUACCUGUUGCUUAGAUGUAAUGAUUUGAUUUUGAUUGGCCACGAGGGGGGCGUUACGAGUAAUGCAGAAUGUCAAAGUGGCCGCCGUGUGGAGCUCUGACCUCCAGCAAGAACUUUUUUUUAAACCUCCGUUAACAUAGUUUAAUGGAGAUUCUGUUUUCACCAAAUCACUGAAGAUAAAACUACAAAACAUAUUUGUGGUGAUCAGGAAACUGAUAUUUUGUUAGAAUGCAAACAAUGAUAAGUUUUUCAGAGCCACAUCGUGCCUUUUUUUCGUGGAUUAGUUGAUAGAAAUAAGCUACAUGGCCAUUGUAAGUAAGCCUCUUUUUACUGCAUGCUUGCUGAACUUCUGCUGCACUUACAUGUGUCGCUCUUUAACCGGAUCACAUGCACUGCAACACGUCGGGCUUUGCUGAGAGGAUUUUUUACUGACUGCGGUAUUAAAGCAAGAUAAAUGCACGAAAAGAGGCUUCUACCAUGGCUGAUAAAGUACUGUAUACAUAGAGCUACUUGCUGUCAAGCCUUUCAGAUUUACCCAGUAUCUUAUGAUAUGAUACGUCUUAUAUGAUCUGUUUUUAAAGAGGUAAAAGCUUGUGGCCUCUUAAAGGAACAGUGUGUAGCAUUUAGGGGGAUCUAUUGACAGAAAUAUAGAGAAUAUAAUAUUAAUAAGUAUGUUUUCUUUAGUGUAUAUUCACCUAAAAUAAGAUUUGAUCUCCUACAGUGUCCACCGAAAAGACUCUAGUGUGCAAAGCGUGUAGGACCUACACGCUUUGCACACUAGAGUCGUUUCGGUUCAGCUAGAUGCCGCCAGAUCCUACACACUGCACCUUUAAUAUGUGCCUGAUGUCUUUAACCAAAGUUUCUGAGGCUGAUUUUGUGCCCUAUCGUCAUACUGUGAACUCUGAACAAGCACCUUGCAGUACCAGUAGUGCCUUGUUUUACCAUAUUAUUGCCUGUCAUACUACACUUUUAGCACGACUCAGACCUCCAACCUUGACCGUGUUAGUGCCUCGCUGUAAUCUCAGAGAAGCUCGGUUUACUACAAUCCUCCUUAAAGAGGACCUAUUGUGCUUUCUCCCUUUCCUUUAGUGUGUUAUCUAGUUUUUUUGUGCAUGUAAAAGGUCUGCAAAGUUACAAAGCCCAAAGUCCAUGCCAAAGAGAGUUAGUCUCCCCCACCGAAACACUGCUCCUGAAACACCUCACUUGAAAUCCCGACUUUUCUUCUGUAACGUGGUGAUGUCACCAAGUAAUACAUUUGCAUAAUACCCGCCUAGCAGCUAGUCAAGUAAAGCGUUUUUUUGAACAUUAAAGCAUGUAAACAUGUUCUAGUAGAAACCCAAAGUGCAAGUAUGAACCUGAAAAUAAGCACAAUAGGUCCUCUUUAAAUUAUGGAAAGCAGGAGUGUAAUUUCUUUUUCACUGUGCUAUUUUUUCAGACAUACGCUUUUACUUGAUACAAUUACAAUAUAAAGAAUGGAAGCUGUACUAUAUGUAAGGUAUAAAAAGUCCCAGAUCUGGUGGACUUAUUUUAUGGUAACUUGAUUUUUGAGCUUUCCUUUUUCUUGUAGCUUUUCCUGAGAGGUUGGACACACUCCUGCCAUUAUUCUGUGUAUUCAGUCCGGUGCUUUUGAUUCAGAUAUGCUCUCCGUAAUUACUUAUUUGUAUUCAGCCUGUUUGUCAGAUGCUGUUUUUUCUCUUUUGGUCACAUUGAAUACAUCUGAAAUGUUCAUAAUUAGAUUAUGAAUGAAAUGUUACUAGCUGAGGUCCUGAGUUAUGCAAAUAUCAUCUUGAAAAUUGAAUUCUGUGUUAUUCAGCAGAUAGAAAAUGCCUUUAUUAAGAAUCAAUAGCUCCUGUAAUUAUUACAAAAACACAGAUUUGUUACAUUAGCAUGUUAAGCAACAGGAUGACCAUGUUGGGGUCCUUAUAUGUGGUCACCCAGGAGGUGUGACGUUGUUUUCUCCUGGCAUGUGAACGCUAAAAAGAAACGCAGAUUUGGGAGGCUGCAAAAGUCCCUCAAAGUUCUGAGUUAUUAUUGAAUGCAGCAUCCAAAGCCUUUUAAAGAAGAGAGUGAGUGAGGUAGCACAGGGUUGUAUGGUACAAUAGUCUGUUCAAUCAACUGUCAAAUCACAAUUAACUGGUGGUGAAAAGGUUUGCACAUCACAUUCACUGUACUAUGCAAAAAUAUAAAAGCUAUACUUUAUAUUUUUACACAUUUUAAAUGCAAUAUGUGGCUUUUUUAUAUAUAAAUAUAUAUAUAUCACUGCAUUUUAAGUUUAGGUCCUAGUAUGGGCAGAAUCAAAAGCCUUUUAUUUUGUAAUUUAUUCAGUUCUACUGAAGGUUUCAUACAUCUUGAUGGUGUUAACAGCAGUGACCUUUGACCCGGGGGCCACACUCCUUUUGUAAAUACAUACAGAUUUGUAAAAUAAAGCCUGUUUCCAAAUGAGCUGUAUUAUUCCUAAAUUAUGUGUUAGAGUUAGGAUGAUACAUGCACAACAAUAAAACCACUAAGUCAAC